AUGCUUGCAGCACGAAGUAGCACUGGUUGCUGGACGUGUCGACUUCGAAAGAAAAAAUGUCAGGAAGAACGACCCACGUGUUCAACGUGUGAUUCACUUCGCAUCAGUUGCCAUGGCUAUAGUGAGAAACCCACUUGGAUGGAUGGAGGAUCGUCAGAGAAGGCAGAAUCGGAGCGAAUCAAAAGAGUCAUAAAAGAGAACAAGAAACGGAAAAGAGAGAUAGUCAGUCUCACUGUGGCAAAGAGUGGUCCAGCAUCUACACCCAUUACCGACAACUCGAUGACAGAUACAGAGUCCAGCGAUGCACCCCAGAAGCCAUCAUGCGUGGGCUGCUCACUGAACCUCGUGAUUAACGACUAUCAUGGACGCGAGGCGAACCUCUUGAUGCAUUAUUUAGAUAUUGUCUUUCCUCUUCAAUUCAGAUUCUACAGGCCUUUGGCCUCAGAAGGUGGCCGUGGCUGGCUUCUGAGUAUUUUAUUACAUACUAAGCCACUGUAUCAUGCGGCGCUGAGUUUAAGCGCAUGCCACCAGAGCGCUAUGUACUCAGGUAGUGGGUCUAAAACUAGUGAUAAUAUACUUGAAGACCUGCAAAAGCACCAUUGUCUGGCGCUGGUUGGUCUCAGGCAGCAUAUUGAUCGGCUUAGUUUGGAAAUUGGUUUGGGCAGGACAAAGACAAAAGUCGAAAUACUUGCCUGUAUGAUCUGUUUGAUUUCAUUCGAGGUUUUGAAAGGAGAUAGUAAUGACUGGCAGACCCAUUUGCAGGCUGCGAGAACUAUUUUCAUAGGCCUCAAGGACAAUUUUCUUCAGCCGUUGAAUAACUUAAAUGCAGUGCAGGAGAUAGGAGACUCCCCAAACCCCGAUUCCGACGCUCUUUCUUUGGACGAAGAAUUGGCCCUCGAGUUCUUUUCUACGGCCCUGAUCUGGUUUGAUGGUAUAUCUUCCGUAACUAUAGGUGCAAAUUCAAAGUAUUCUGAUGUCUACCCUUCUAUUCUGCGCAUUGAUAAUGGCAGAAUCCAACUUUGUAAGUUGAUGGGAGGUCAAAAUUGGGUUAUGAUUGCUAUUAUGGACAUUGCGCUCUUGGCCGAGUGGAAAGUUACGCGAGAGGGUUUGGGCGAUUUGAGCCAAUCUCAGCUGGCUAGGCGUGCAGCCUGUAUCGAAGAUCAAAUUGAACAUGGUAUACAAGAGAACAAAGCUCGUCAAACUGGCGAUAAUUCUGAUCCGUGUGGCAUUCGAGCUCAAGAAAGCCAACAUGUCACUCAUAUAUUCGCAUGUGCUGCAAAGGUCUAUUUGUAUGUCACCCAGUCUGGUGCAUACCCUAGAAUUCCAGAGAUCAGAGAUAGCGUGUCAGCAGCCCUGAAAGCCUUCCGAGAUCUUCCCAAUGGUCAAUGGAUAGGCCACCUUGUAUGGCCUUUCUGCAUUGUUAGUUGUAUGGCAGACGAAGAGCUUGAAGACGAGUUUCGACAGAUUGCGGCCCUGGCAAAUAAGGAUCGAGACAUUUUCUGCAACUUUCAGAAUGCAUCCUCGAUCAUGGAAGAGUGUUGGAGACUUCGCAAAUGUCAGCCUAGCAGUCCUUGUAGCUGGGCAACAGCCAUGUCCAGUCUAGGUGUCAAGACUCUUCUUGUCUGA